GAUUUGUCCCUGAAUGUUGCACGAAAAUUACCAAACGCUUUCUUCAUCUAAAACUGAUUCAACUAUAAAUAUCUCGGUAAACAACAAACACCACAAGCAGUCAACAUGAAGUUGAUCGUAGCACUAGGUCUGCUCUGUCUUGUGGCGGUGUACGCCAGGGAACUAGAUGAUGAUCAAAAAGACCUGGUGACUGCCGCCAGCGGAAAAUCCCAUAAGCAUGAAGAAGGAGGUGGCAAGGAGCAUCACUCUCAUCAUCAUCAUGAACACGGAGAAAAGGGACACAAGGGCCACAAAGGACACCAUCACCACCAUAAAGGAGAACAUGGUGAUCACGGAAAACACCACCACGCUGGGCAUCAUCAUGAACAUGGCGGUGGUCACAAAAAACACUGGGAUGAACACGACCAUCACGGUCAUCAUCACGAACACGGACAUCAUCAUAAAGGCGAAAAACAUGGCCAUAAAAAACAUCAUGACAAGGGAGAGAAAACAGAUGGUUACCACAAAAAAUACCACAAGGACAGCUACCAUAAGGAUCAUCACUUCUACGAUGACCACCACCAUGAAGGCAAGCACCACAAGCACGGUAAACAUCACGGCCAUCACGAAAAGCAUGGAGGAGACCACAAAAAGGGAGGUCAUCAUGAAAGUGGACAUCAUGAACACAAGCAUGGCAAGCAUGGUCAUCAUGACAAGCAUCAUUACGAUGAAGAUCACCACGGCCACAAGGGACACCAUGGGCACGAAGAGCAUCAUCACCAUCACCAUGACCACGGCAAGAAAGGUGGACACAAAGACCAUAAGGAAUGGGGCUUCCACCAUGGCAAACAUUAAACGCUUCUGUGAUAUUAAUGAUAAUAAGAAAUGUCGUUUAACGCAAAAUGACAAAAUAUGUUCAAAACAAAAUAAUUAUAAUCAAUGAUUAUUUGUAACUUUGUCUUCAAAAAUACCUGAAGAUAUUUUGUCACUUUGUGGUGUUCUAGUUGGU